CAUUGCCUCAGCCACAGUACUACGGCAAUGCCAAGGCCGCCAAGGAGGACUACUGCGACAUGGUCAAGUCUCGUCACCCCGAGGUGGAUGACCCCUUGAGCAUUCCGGUCGACGAGGAGUCGUUGGUCCUGUCGGGGCACGGGCGUCCGCAUGGCCGUUUCCCCUUUCUGAAUAAGGCGGUCAAGCCUACCCACUCCACGAGCUACACGCGUCUCAAGCAUACCCUCACCGCCGACAGCCCCCAGCCUCGUCCACGGCCUGCUCGUCCACCCGCCUACGAUCCUGAGUUCGAGGCGGCCUUCGAAGCCUGCAAUGAAGCGUAUCAGCAGGCCGCUGCCCAGUGGAAUAGGCAGAAUACGGCCUACAUGGCGUAUAUAGGAGAAAUGAUGAUCUCUAUGUCUACUGGUACACCGCCACCGGCUCGAGUUACCGUGGCGGGGGACAUGCCUAUCAUGCCAUCGAGGGCAGCUUUCGCUGCGACUUACUACGGAUCCACACCGGAGGGAACGGGAUGGUCCGGGAACCAGGCAUCGCCGGGUGGGCGCGAGGUCACACCGGUUCAUGAAGGUGGUCGGUCUCCUAGGCGUUCUGCUACACUGUUAUCUUCUUGCCCCGUGAGAAGAGCAGCGCCCACCGGCGGAACCGUGAGCAGCUGGGGGAGCUGCUGCGGCGUCUCGAGCGCGGGAAGGCUGUUGUCGGCGAGCUGUGCGGCGCCGCAAGCGCGGGGAGGCCGUCGCCGGCGAGCUGUCGUGGGGGACUCGAGCGCGGGGAGGCCGUCGCCGGCGAGCUGUCGUGGGGGACUCGAGCGCGGGAAGGCCGUCGCCGGCGAGCUGCUGCGGCGUCGCGAGCGCGGGAAGGCUAUUGUCGGCGAGCUGUGCAGCGUCGCAAGCGCGGGGAGGCCGUCACCGGCGAGCUGCUGUGCCGUCUCGACCGCGGGGAAGCCGUCGCCGGCGAACUAUCAUGUGAGACUCGAGCGCGAGGAGGCCGUCGCCGGCGAGCUGUUGCGGCGUCGCGAGCGCAUGGGCUGCGAUGGGGCUUAG